UUGUGUAGUCUCGGGCUUUGGAAAGUGGUGGCCAGGUUUCACAGCAACCCACAGCAAAGCUACUCUGCAGAAUUUGAGGUCAAAGAAUACGUGCUGCCCAGUUUUGAGGUGAAAGUGAUACCUACGAGCUCCUUCUUCUACGUGGACAGUCCACAGCUCACCAUGGACAUUAAAGCUACGUAUCUGUUUGGUGAAGAGGUGGAUGGGACAGCCUUCGUGGUAUUUGGUGUUGUGCAUGAGGGUCAAAAGAAGAGUUUUCCCGACUCCAUUCAGAAAGUGCAGAUCCAGGACGGUGAAGGAGUGAUCGUACUGAAGAGGGAGCACAUCACACAGACCUUUGACAUCAACGUCCUGGUGGGGAGUUCCAUUUUUGUAUCUGUCAGUGUGCUGACGGAGAACGGUGGUGAAAUGGUGGAGGCAGAGUUGAGAGGUAUCCAGAUUGUCACAUCACCUUAUACUAUCCACUUCAGGAGAACGCCCAAAUAUUUCAAACCAGGAAUGUCCUUCGAUGUUGCGGUUGAAGUUAUGAAUCCAGAUGAAACUCCAGCAAAAGGUAUUGCGGUGGUGCUGGAGCCAGGCGCUGUGAAGGGUUUCACUGCAGCCAACGGCAUGGCAAAGGUUACCAUCAAUACAGUGGCAGGACUCUCAAGUCUGCUUAUCACUGCAAAGACCAAUGAUCCUGAUAUUUCACGUGAAAGACAAGCAUCAGCCACCAUGACAGCUCUCCCAUAUAAAACUAAGAGCAACAACUACAUCCACAUAGGUGUGGAUACAGCAGAGCUGGAAUUAGGAGACAAU